GAGACUCUUCGAAGAGAGUGCGAGCAGGGCCUAGGUAAGACGGUAGCUUGAUAUGUACGAGUUAGAUUGAUAUUAACUGAUGCAAGCAGCAAUUCGGCAGCCGGCAACGCUUCGAAGAAGUCAAAGUCGGCUUCGUCUUCCUCAAGGAGCGUAAAAAACGAGAUUCGUCGAAACGCAGACGAAUUGAUCCAUAUGAUAGAGGAUCGGUACUACAAUACUCCUAGAUCUGGCACUAUUGGAAGCAUUUCACUACGCUCCAAUAUUACUACCACUCUCCAGGAUGACCUCGGUACACAGAACAUAGUGUAUCAAAAGUCGCAUAAUUGUAUCAAAGCCUUACAGGGUACAAUUGCUGAGUACGAGGUGACCACUCGAGACUUGGUAAAUAUCAGCAAGCCAACUGAAGGAGCCCAGUGGGAACAAGACGCAAAGGAUGUGGCAAAGGUGGACAAGAAGGCAAUGGAAAUUUUGAUCCAGACACUGAAUGGUUUGAUCAUUUCUGGAGGACAUGCUAACUCACUUCGUUCACCACCACGCUCUGGUGAUGAUAUCGAACAGGCAGCUUGGCGGUGGGUAGAAGGUGGCAUUCCGCACACAGAUGAUACAUGGGGAUCAAGCGCACGAGAAACUUUGAAGGCUUUUUCAGGAAUUGCGAAACUUCUUUUGUAAUCUGAAGCAAUAAAUGGGAACAUGUAAGACGU